UGCCUGCAGUCAGUUCUCCCCCUCCCGGCCAGUAGGCGGCGCUGCCUCUUGAUGCUGGAGGUAUCAGCACCGCUUACUGCUGCAUGUGACAUUGACAUCAACAGAGGCACAAUGAGGCUGACCACGCUCCUGUCGAUGGCAAUUAGGGUUGUUGUGCCCAAAGACUAUCGAUACGGCACCAACAGACCGUGGACAGCGGCUGCUAAAAGGCUGAAUCCUCCGAGCAAAAAGAGAAAGAAGGUGUUUGUGGAGGAGAUAGCACCACAGGACUGGUCCGUGGUCAGAGGAGACAUCGUCGAGAUUCUCGCAGGGAAGGACAAAGGGAAGCAGGGGAAGGUGGUCCAAGUCUUCAGACACAGAAACUGGGUUAUCCUGGAAGGACUGAACACACAUUACAGAUACAUUGGACGAACUGAGGGUUAUCGUGGGACCUACAUUGCAAGUGAGGCUCCCCUCCUGCUGCACGACAUUGCCCUCAUCGACCCGUCCGACAGGAAACCCACUGAGGUGGAGUGGAGAUACACAGAGGAGGGUGAGAGAGUCCGAGUGUCAGUCAGGACGGGUCGAAUCAUCCCUAAGCCUGUUGUGCAGCGACGAGAUGGCAUCGUGCCAGAGCAGUGGAAAGAUAGUCCCAAAGACACCAGUCCUGACGACACGCUAGAAAAGACCUUUGUACCAUCUCUGAAAACCCUGGAGGAAGAGGUCAUGGAGAAAAUGGGUAUUGUGGAGAACAGGCGGCACCGGAGGUCCUACUGGUACUGAGAAAUCACACUCCCCCAUCAUGUCAUUCAGACUUGACAGCAACUCAGAAGAUACCUUGUUUUGUUCGGAGACACGCUGAAGGACAUAUCAAAAAGACGCUAUAUCAGGAUGACAUGAGUAAGGCUUUUGGGACGGUGAAAUACUGGUGCAACAUAAAAACUAUCAAGGAAAUGAUAGCAUCGUAUAAAUACUUGGAGGUGAAGCAGAUGUGGAACUUAAAUGUUUCCUGAAUCAUUCUCUAUUUACAUAAGUAUAAGAGUUUGUUUCUUUAAAAUAUAGUGAAUAAAUGUCACAUAAACCAA